GGGGCACAGAAAAGAGAUGAGAGAAUAGAACAACAAGAGAUACAACUAAAUAACAGUGUGCAUUUAUUUACACGGUGCGACUGUUUCAGACCAAGCCUUUGUAUUAUCAUCGGGAAACUAUCAAGCACGUGCUGAGAGACCACAUCGGUCUACUAGAAUUAGAAUUAUUCAGCUAACGGUAACUGUUUGCUAACUAGCUGCUAAAGUAGCUAGCGUAGCUAACGUUCGCAAACUGCGGAAGGCGAGUGAGGAGAAAGCUGCCUGGCAGCUCGAAGUGCAAGCCGACAAGUCAAGCGGAUUUUUUUAAUCAAGCGACCUCUCCGUUUGAUGCAUUGACCACCCUCAUAGAGUUUGCAGCACAGACGAGGUCAUCCAAACCAGGGGUCGGCGAGGAAACUAACGUUACACCUUUGAUAAGGGCAGCAGAAAAAGACGAAAAAGGCGUCAUCUUUGCUGACCUGACGCCAUGGCUCAUUCCCCGAUUCAGAGUGGACUGCCGGGGAUUCAGAAUUUCAGAGCGGACCCAGAGGAGCUUUUUACCAAGCAGGAGAGGAUAGGGAAAGGCUCCUUUGGUGAAGUUUUUAAAGGCAUUGACAGACGGACUCAGAAAGUUGUGGCCAUUAAAAUUAUUGAUCUGGAGGAAGCAGAGGAUGACAUAGAAGACAUUCAACAGGAAAUCACAGUUCUCAGCCAGUGUGACAGUCCCUUUAUCACCAAGUAUUAUGGAUCCUAUCUGAAGGGUACAAAAUUAUGGAUUAUUAUGGAGUAUUUGGGUGGAGGAUCAGCCCUGGACUUGUUGGAACCAGGUGCCCUGGAUGAAACGCAGAUUGCCACAAUUCUGAGAGAGAUCCUGAAAGGGCUCGAGUAUCUGCACUCUGAAAAGAAAAUCCAUAGAGAUAUCAAAGCUGCCAAUGUGUUGCUGUCCGAACAAGGCGAUGUGAAGCUGGCAGACUUUGGAGUGGCGGGCCAGCUGACAGACACCCAGAUAAAAAGGAACACAUUUGUCGGUACUCCUUUCUGGAUGGCACCUGAAGUCAUAAAGCAAUCUGCCUAUGAUUCAAAGGCAGACAUCUGGUCAUUAGGAAUAACAGCAAUAGAACUGGCUAAAGGAGAGCCACCCCACUCUCAGCUUCAUCCUAUGAAGGUCUUAUUCCUCAUCCCAAAGAAUAAUCCACCAACACUGGAAGGAAACUACAGUAAACCACUGAAAGAAUUUGUGGAAGCCUGUUUAAAUAAGGAGCCUAGCUUUAGGCCAACUGCCAAAGAGCUGUUAAAACAUAAGUAUAUUGUAAGGCAUGCCAAAAAGACAUCCUAUCUGACAGAGCUGAUUGACAGAUACAAGAGGUGGAAAUCAGAGCAGUCUCGGGAUGAAUCCAGCUCUGAUGAAUCGGAUGAGGAGCCAGAUGGCCAGGCAUCUGGAGGAGAUGACUCUGGCAGUGAUGACUGGAUCUUCAACACCAUCAGGGAGAAGGACCUAAAAAAGUUUCAGAAUGGGGCAGCGCAGCCUGCUGAGCUCGAGCGGAAACAGGUGCAGGAGAGUCCAAAGAGGCCUUUGUCACAAAGCUUAUCAACAAUCUUUUCUCCAUUGUUUACUGAGAUGAAAGAAAAGGGUGAGACAAGUAAUGGCAAGCCAGAGGCUGCAGAGGAGCUGCGGGAGGGCAUACUCCUGGCAGAAGAAACACAUCCAGGCAUCUGUGACUCCCUGGUGGCUGAACUAGUGCAGAGACUUCAGAGGUUUUCUGUGCCACAGGCAGCUGCCACUCAUUGAGAGGAGCGACAUCCAGCUCUGCUCUAAUUUUCCACCCUGGUGGGAGCAGUCAGAUCUUUUCCUCUGACCUCCACAGCCGGGAUGAAGUCUCCCAGGAAGGUCCCCCAUCACUCAUUUGCCUGAAGCAAAUCCUGGCCUACUUAAUGUCUGUUUAUAUGCUUGCACACCACCAGAGGGUCCUAUUCAGGACAGUCAGGGGCCAGCCGCUCAACUGCCACCCUGACUGCCACCUGCUGUAAGAUGUCCCUUCUCAAUACCUCCUUCACGACUGUUUUUGUUUUAAGGGUGGAGUUAUCUUUCUGCCAGGACUCUAGAGUUCUUGGUUUCAGUGAGUGCGUGUGGCUUUUUAAUGAAGGUCUACACUCAGCAUCCUUUCGAGAAAGUACCUUGCCUAAUUAAUCGUGUGCAUGUGUGUGUGGCUGUGCGAGAUACCUUGUGAAACAUGCGGUGAAGAGUGACGAGUGGGUUGAAGCAUUCUAUUGAAAACUCAGGUAUUCUGCUUUAAGUGGAUUGGGUCCUCUGGGAGAUGGAAGGAGCUCUGAUAGGGUGGUUGUACAGACUUGUAAAUAAACAAAUUUCUACAGAUUCAUGAAAAAACAAUGGAGCGUUUGUAAUGGAACCACUGUGUAUAAAUGGCCAAAUGCAAACUGUAGAUACUGGUUGUGAGGUAAAUAUUUUGAGAGACUAAAACGGCCAUACAUGAGAUUGCCUUGCCUUUCUACUUGUUCUUUUGUAUAUCGGUCUUUGAUUUCUCCAGUUGUAAAACUUUUUCAGUUCUCAUCCAGUGAAUGAAAAUGGCUGCCCUCUAUCAUGUUUUAGUAUUGAUUUAUGCUAUAUUUCUUAAUUCUCUUUAACUUUUUGGUUUCAUGCUCUAUGCUGUGGCUGUAAUAGUGUUGGAGAAUGUAAAAAAAAGAAAAAAAAGGCUGGACCACUGAAGCCCCUACCAGUUUUAAACACUGGAUGCUCUGUUGCCAGCCCCAAUUCCACAAGGCCUGGAGUUGUGUUGGGUUGUUGGACUUUGCCUCCCCCACUUUUUUUCUUUUCUUUUUUGCUGUGUGUUUUUGGCUGGUUAGAUUAAUUGAGGUUUCGUCCAUUCAUUCCAUUAACAGGGCAGUGCCAUCAUCUAGUCUAUAAAUCAGCAGACUCUGUUAGUCUUCCUAGGAGCUGCAGUGGUACUAUCUAUCGCCUCAGCGUACCUACAGCUUUAAUUGCACUUCAAGUAUAAAUGCCUUUGACUAUAAACAAAGUAGCCAUAAAACAGUAGCACGAGACUUACAGUACUUCGCAGGUAUGCUGUCUGGGACAAAAAAAGAAGAAGCCCACCUAAAGUCUCACAGCUUAGACUCUGGAGUUGGUCUUGCAGUGUAAUAUUUGCCUGGCUGUAUAUUUCCAUUGGGACUUGUGAGAGGUUUUUCAGUUGUACAGUUAAUGCAUAUAGGCAUAAACUUCUCACAUAGACAACACUGCUCUCAGAUGUAUAUAUUAACAUAAAGCCAGGAGGUGUUCAGAGACCAGCGGCACUGCUACUACAAAGGAAUGUGCAUGAUAGUAUAACAGUAUAAAGCCUAUUGGUUGGCCUGGGCAGUAUGCGUUGUAGCAUACUGCUGCAGGACUGGAGGAAUGUUGAGUCCUGAACAGAGUUGAAUCAGCCUUUGAGUAUUUGUGAUGAAUGGGAUGAAUAGUAUCAGCUUUAAAAUGUUAGAUCAAAUGUUUUUGUUGUGAUACCCCCUCGACCCCCCCACAGCAGUAUGCAGCAAUGAUCAAAAAUAUGUCUUUCAUUUCAUAAUGUGGGCAUGAACAAAUGGACUCAGUUUUCUUCUUCUCACACCAGAAUCUUCUGCUGUUUAGAUGGUAUAUUGUAUUUUGCCUAGCCAACACAUGGUACACAAUACACGGGACAUGUUAAAGAGAUGAUUCAACAUUUUUGGAAAUGUGAUUGUUGGCUCUGGAGGGCGGACUUAGAUUGGAAGAUCGAUGUUCUCUCUCUCAUAUCUGUCCAUUAAAGGUCCAGUGUGUAAGAUUUAGAGGAAUCUGCUGGCAGACCAGUAUAAUAAGUAUGCUUUCAUUAGUGCAUGAAUCACCUGAAAACAUAAAUUGUGUUUUCAUGACAUUAGAAUGUGCCCCAUGUUGGACCAACCAACACUGGCUCUAGAGAGCACCUUUUAAUGUUUUCAGCAGCCGCCGUCUGGAAAGAUGAGGUGAGGGGUAUUCAGUUGCAAUCUGCAACCUCACCACUAGAUGCUACUAAAUCCGCCACACUGGUCCUUUAAUCUGCGAGCUUCAGAGGUGCAGGUGGACUGAUAUGUUUUCCCUUCACAGAGCCAGGCUAGCUCUUUCCCCGUUUCCAGUCUUUGUGCUAAGCUAAGCCAGCCUGGCUGCUGGUUGUAGCUUCUGCCACACAGACUCAACCACAAGUGGAUUUCCCAGAAUGUCUCAUAAUUCUUUUAACUCUUAAAUUUUUCUGAUUUGAACAGAACAUUUCCUCCCAGUUUUUCUCCACAUACCUUAAUGUUUUCUUUUCUGCUAGGUAAUUAGAGUGAAUUACACCGCUCAGUGAGUAAAAGUCAAAUAUGUUCAAAUGAAUAUGUAAGUAGAAACCGGUUAUCCAAAUCAAGAAAAGGUACCAGACUGAACCAUUUGCAUUUUCACUGUUUUCCUUUGUGUUUCUGCUCUUCUGUGAAACAUUCCUCAGCUCUCCAUUCAGACUUCUCAUGUGACAUGUGCCAUGUAAGCCCGCCAUCCCAAUCUGACACAAAUUCAAUACAAUUUGCACCUUUUACAUGGUCUAUUAUGACUCUAUCUUUUUAUGUAUUGCCCUCUGCAGAUUUAUUUUGCUUUUUUUUUUAAAUGGUACUUAAAUAGGCUACAAUAUCCUGUUGCAAAUACACCAGGUUUAUCCCCCCCCACCCCCCACUCCACCCCUUGUGUGCUGUAUGGCAAUAAAACAGUAUGGUUGCCAGGAGUCAUUUCUUAGCACAAGUAGGCAUAUAUUCUAUUAAACUAUUUUUAUAACCCAAAAGAGCAGUAUUAUGUAAUAGAGGGAGCAAAGUUUGGUCUGUGAUGUGUUAAAGUUUCAGUGAACACUGGAUAGCAAUCACUUAAAAUGUACAUUUCAUUUUGUGUGACUUUGCUGACAGUUUAUAGUCCAGUAUACAUAUUUGCUAAUUCAGGACAGUACUGUUGGAUUUAUUGAAAGUUGUCAAAUGAUUAAGGAAAAAUAAAAAUCCAGUGCAAA